AAACCAUACCCUUGGCAACACCACAACGCCACAGCGUUGGCAACUGUAGUGCAAAGUGGGCAGGAGCCACUGCAUCAAUUCCUGUAUUCAUGGCAAGAACAACAACACCAACGAAGAUGGGAUGGAAAAGAUGGCGAGAGUGGUUUUUGCCUGCUUGCGAAUUUGCAGACGCGCACAGGCUCUCUGCCCUUGGUAUAUAGAGACUCGAAUUUCCCACCUCACCCCCUCUUCCUUUGCUCAACCACUUCCUCCGCAGUCGCCCAAGCAGACACAACAACAGACCUCUGGCCUCAUUCUCUGCCCCUGCUCUGCUCGGUGCGUUUUGUCUUUCUUGAAAGAACGGCCAUCCCUUCACUCGGCAGCAAUGGCAGCCCACAAACCGGCUAUCGAAAACAUCAAUGCCGCCGUUGCUGGGAUGAAUACCCAAGUAAACGCGAUUUCCCAAGGCCUGCAGGCCUAUCAUGGCCAUGUUGAGGAGCUCACUACUGAGCUCUCACGCUCUGGCAACUACCUGGUUGGUCAGAUACAUCAGGAGCUGGCUGAGAUUCGUCAGAUAACGGUCCAAAUUCGCGCCGAGUAAGGCCUUGUGCUUUUUAUUGAGAAAGCUUGCUAAACUUCACUGUACAGGCAGUUCAACCUCCGGGCCUUGAUGCGAAACGGCUAUGUGCGAACUGCUAGUACACCUCUGGUCCCCAUGCGUUCUGUCCAAGCUGGUCCCAACCCACAUGUCCCUCUUGGACAAUGGAUCCCAAACUUUCCGGCG